UGGGGCUGGCUUUUGCCCCGGAAGUGGCUGUCUUCAGCUGACAGCUGCUUGUAAGGUGGCGACGGCGGGCCCGGAGAAAGAUGGCGCUGCGGCCGGGAACGGGAGCUGGGGGCGGCGGGGCCUCGGGAGCCGGCGCGGGGGCCGCCGGGGCAGGCAGCUUCAUGUUUCCGGUUGCAGGUGGAAUAAGACCCCCACAAGCAGGACUGAUGCCAAUGCAGCAACAAGGAUUUCCUAUGGUGUCUGUCGUGCAGCCUAAUAUGCAGGGCAUGAUAGGGAUGAGUUACAGCUCUCAGAUGCCCCAAGGACCUAUGGCCAUGCAGGCAGGGAUACCAAUGGGGCCAAUGCCAGCAGCAGGAAUGCCUUACCUUGGACAAACACCAUUCCUGGGAAUGCGUCCCCCGGGCCCACAGUACACCCCAGACAUGCAGAAGCAGUUCGCUGAAGAGCAGCAAAAACGAUUUGAACAGCAACAGAAGCUCUUAGAAGAAGAAAGAAAAAGACGCCAGUUUGAAGAGCAGAAGCAAAAGCUCAGGCUUUUGAGUAGUGUGAAACCCAAGACAGGAGAGAAGAGUAGAGAUGAUGCUUUGGAAGCCAUAAAAGGAAACUUAGAUGGGUUUUCCAGAGAUGCUAAAAUGCAUCCUACUCCAGCAUCGCACCCUAAGAAACCAGAUUAUCCCACACCAUCUCAUUCUACUAAAACUGUCUCCCCAUCACCUGCCUUUCUUGAUGAAGAAGAAUUCAGUGACUUUAUGCAGGGGCCUGUUGAAGUUCCCACAUGUGGUCCUUCUUCCACUUCCCAGCCUUUUCAGUCUUUCCAUCCCACCACCCCAUUUGGCCAGUUGCAUACACAGAAGGCUGGAGCACAGCCUCUCCCUCCAGGUCAGAUUCCAGUGUCUUUUGCCUUACAUGGUGUCCCUGGGCAAAUUCCUUCUUUCUCUACUGCUGCAGCCUCAUACAAUGUACAGAAAGCAGGCCCUUCCUUGGAGGAGAAGCUCCUAGUAUCUUGUGAUAUAAGUUCAUCUGGGCAGGAACAAAUUAAAUUAAAUACCUCUGACGUUGGUCACAAAGCCCUAGGCCCAGGUUCCAGUAAGAACCAUCCCAGUUUAACGGCCAAAAACGGGGGUGCUAUAGAUGGACGUGUAAGUGGUACCACCAUUGCAGAGGCAGAAAAGACUUCAGACCAAAACCUAUCCAUUGAAGAGAGUGGUGUGGGAGUAUUUCCCUCACAGGAUCCUGUUCAGCCCAGAAUGCCGCCUUGGAUUUACAAUGAGAGUUUGGUUCCAGAUGCCUAUAAGAAAAUUUUAGAAAUCACAGUGACUCCAACUGGAAUAGAUACUGCUAAACUUUAUCCCAUUCUGAUGUCAUCUGGACUGCCCAGGGAAACUCUUGGACAGAUAUGGGCCUUGGCUAAUCGAACUACACCUGGCAAACUUACUAAGGAAGAACUUUAUACUGUUCUCGCCAUGAUAGCGGUAACACAGAGAGGUGUUCCUGCCAUGAGUCCUGAUGCUUUAAACCAAUUUCCAGCUGCUCCUGUUCCAACUUUAAGUGGAUUUCCUAUGACUUUGCCUACUGCAGUGAGUCAGCCAACCGGGAUGUCUUCAGGCCCUGCCGGCUCCAUACCCCUCAACCUUGGACAGCCGGUCAUGGGCAUUAACCUUGUUGGACCAGUUGGGGGAGCUGCAGCCCAGGCUUCCAGUGGCUUCAUGCCAACUUACCCUGCAAAUCAGGUGGUAAAACCAGAAGAAGACGACUUCCAGGAUUUUCAAGAUGCUUCUAAGUCAGGAUCCCUUGAUGAUUCAUUCAGUGAUUUCCAAGAGUUGCCUGCUUCUUCAAAAACAAGUAAUUCCCAGCAUGGAAGCAGUGCCCCUUCUUUGUUGAUGCCCCUUCCUGGCACUAAAGCAUCAGCUUCGAUGGAUAAGUAUGCUGUGUUUAAAGGAAUUGCAGCUGACAAAUCCUCUGAAAGUAACAUUCCAUUUGGAGAGCCUGGUGAUAAAUACAGUGCUUUCAGAGAACUUGAACAGACAGCAGAGGGUAAAACUUCAGGAGAAAACUUUGCAGAAUUCAGAUCUGCGAGCACUGAUGACGGUUUCACCGAUUUUAAAACUGCUGAUAGUCUAUCACCACUAGAGCCACCAACAAAAGACCAAACUUUUCCAGCAUCCUUCCCCUCAGGAGCUGUACAACAGAAACAACAAACACAAGUGAAGAAUCCUCUGAACUUAGCAGACCUUGAUAUGUUUUCCUCAGUUAACUGCAGCAGCGAGAAACCAUUAUCUUUUUCAGCUGCUUUUAGUGCAUCCAAAUCUGUUUCCACACGGCCACAGCCAACAGGAUCUGCUGCAGCUACGACAGCACUGGCAUCAACUAAGAUGUCUAGUUUGGCUGAUGAUUUUGGAGAAUUCAACCUUUUUGGGGAAUAUUCUAGUCCAGCAUCUGUUGGGGAACAGGAUGACUUUGCAGAUUUUAUGGCUUUCAGUAAUAGCUCUGUUUCAUCUGAGCAAAAGGCAGAUGAUAAAUAUGACGCCCUUAAAGAGGAAGCUAGUCCUGUUCCUCUAAGUGGCAGCUCGAGCAGCACAGUGAAGAGUGGACAAAACUCCGCUGCCACGUCCACCAAAUACGAUGUCUUCAAACAACUUUCUCUGGAAGGAUCUGGACUGGGUAUUGAAGAACUGAAGGAUAAUACCCCUUCAGGAAAAAGUGAUGAUGAUUUUGCUGACUUCCACUCUAGUAAAUUUUCUUCCAUGAACUCAGACAAAUCUCUGGGUGAGAAAUCAGUGGCUUUCAGACACACCAAAGAAGACUCUGCUUCAGUGAAGUCCUUGGAUCUCCCUUCCAUUGGUGGCAGCAGUGUUGGCAAGGAGGACUCUGAAGAUGCACUCUCUGUUCAGUUUGACAUGAAACUGGCUGAUGUGGGAGGAGAUCUUAAGCAUGUCAUGUCUGAUAGCUCUUUGGAUUUACCAACAGUUAGUGGCCAGCAUCCUCCUGCUGCAGAUAUAGAGGACUUAAAAUAUGCUGCUUUUGGAACCUACAGUAGCAAUUUUGCAGUGAGCACACUUACGAGCUAUGACUGGUCAGACAGGGAUGAUGCGUCUCAGGGCAGAAAACUCUCUCCAUUUGUCCUCUCAGCAGGAAGCGGGUCCUCCUCAGCUGCCUCGGUUCUUCAAAAGAAAGAGACUUCAUUCGGCAGUUCCGAAAACAUCACCAUGACCUCUGUCUCCAGAGUAACAACCUUCACAAAUGAAGAUGCUCUUCCAGAGGCCACCUUCCCAGCUUUUGCCAGUUUUAAAGAUGUGAUUCCUCAGACCAGUGAGCAAAAGGAAUAUGAAAGUGGGGACUAUAAAGAUUUCACGAGACAGGACGUGCCUACAGCCGAACGGAGCCCGGACGCCACCUGUCCAAGCCCGGCCUCCAGCAGCACUUCUCACGACACUCCCAAAGAAUGUGCAGAUGACUUUGGAGAGUUUCAAAGCGAAAAGCCCAAAAUCAGCAAAUUUGACUUUUUGGUGGCCAAUUCACAGAGCAAAAUGAAAUCCAGUGAAGAAAUGAUCAGAAGUGAGCUGGCAACCUUUGACCUUUCUGUUCAAGGAUCACACAAAAGGAGUUUGAGCCUUGGUGAUAAAGAAAUAAGCCGUUCUUCUCCUUCUCCGGCUUUGGAGCAGCCUUUCAGGGACCGUUCCAACACUCUGAGUGAGAAGCCGGCUCUGCCUGUCAUCCGUGACAAAUACAAAGAUCUGACAGGAGAGGUGGAGGAGAAUGAGAGAUAUGCAUAUGAAUGGCAGAGGUGCCUGGGGAGCGCCCUAGAUGUCAUUAAGAAGGCAAAUGAUACCUUAAAUGGAAUCAGUAGUAGUUCUGUGUGUACAGAAGUAAUUCAGUCAGCCCAAGGCAUGGAAUAUUUAUUAGGUGUUGUUGAGGUGUACAGGGUGACCAAGCGUGUGGAGCUGGGGAUAAAAGCCACCGCGGUGUGCAGUGAGAAACUCCAGCAACUGCUGAAGGACAUCGAUAAAGUGUGGAAUAACCUCAUUGGUUUUAUGUCCCUGGCCACACUCACGCCCGAUGAGAAUUCACUGGAUUUUUCCUCUUGUAUGCUACGGCCUGGGAUUAAAAAUGCUCAGGAACUUGCCUGUGGGGUGUGCCUUUUAAAUGUGGACUCCAGAAGCCGGAAAGAAGAGAAGCCUGCAGAAGAACAUCCCAAAAAAGCAUUCAACUCCGAAAUGGACAGCUUCAAGCUGGCAUAUGGAGGACACCAGUAUCACGCCAGCUGUGCCAACUUCUGGAUCAACUGUGUUGAACCAAAACCUCCCGGCCUCAUCCUGCCUGAUUUGCUCUGAAAAGUACCUCUUUGAAGUACCUACUGGGUCUGUUUUCCCAUCAUACCCCAGGAGGAGACAGGGACCAAUGAACAGAAUGCAGGACUGCGCAGUUCGCUUCCACGAAGCUAUAGGAGGAGUUCCCUGCACGGUCAGGGGUGAGAAGGAAGCUGCGAGCUCCCAGUCGUUCCUGCAGACAUUUGUCCCCUAGGUCCCACCACAAGUCUUAGGGAUUUGAGGUAAAAUUGCCCUGCCCAAACUGCAUGUGGCACCAGAAGUUUGCUAAUUUCUCUCUAGUUCUGCUAAGAUGUUUUAAAAUAUGGCACGAUUUUCUUUAAGGAAUCAUUUGCUGCUGCCGUAUAUUGAAACUGUGAAGAAUUGGCAUUUUGACGUUUGGAGAAAAAUAAAUUGUAAUAGGAUUGGAACUGGCAAGAACGUUUUGAGCCAGUGCUCACUUCUGUCUAGAACCCUGCUGUCCUGUGAAGUAGAAUGCAUUUACCCACAUGUAGCUUGUUGAUAUCUGAAAUGAAUAAAAGGGGACAUUGUGACUAAA